AUGACCUGGGCAUUUUCCAAUCGACCCCCAACUUUCAAGAUUCCUGAAUUGUCCAGAUACGGAGUAAGAGAGGCAAGUACUACCGUUGAGUCAGUCCAUGCCUUUAUAUUUUCCCUUGGUGUAUUUAAAACCUCUGAUACCUCCUUCAACAGUUUAGCCAAGAGAACGGCUCCACAGAGCUCUAGUCUGGGAAUUGACACUUGCUUUAUUGGAGCAACUUUAGUUUUAGAGGUUACUAAAGCAACAUGCACAUUUUUAUGUUCAUCAAUAACUCGAACAUAUAUUACAGCUGAAUAUGCUUUGUUGGAAGCGUCACUAAAACCAUGCAACUGCACACAUGUGUCACCCUUACUGGUCCAGAAGAUUCAGGAAGCUGCACACUAUAUUGGAAACUAUCUGAGAUUCGGUCCCAGAUUAUUUCAGAUGCUGCUGGGAAAUUGCUUCCUUCAUCACGUGCAAGUUGCUGCAGUGUUCUAACAGCUAAAUAUGGAGCUGACGCAGUUCCAAAGGUGACCGU